GCGUGUGUGUGUGUGAGUGAGUGUGUUGAACUGAGCGGAGGUGAAGAAGAGGAGGAUGAAGCUGGGAGCGGAGGAUGGGAGGAAGAGUGGAGUAAGAGACAGGCUAGCUGUGUGUGAAUGAGUGAGUGAGUGAGGAAGAGGAGAGGAAGGUCGUCGGAGGGACCGAAAACAAAGACUUCAAUAUUUUGGAGAUAACCUCCGGAACAUUACUAACGGAAACUUUCAACUUUUACCCGCCACAUCUCGGCUUGUUGUGUCCGGAGCCGGCUUUGUUUCACGGCGAGGGUAUCUGCGAUAAAUGAAGGAAUAAAAUAGAUCCCCAUCGACCUUUUUCUACCCAGUCGGGGAAUACCCUGGGACUACUUUUGAUAAAGGUUAAAGGAGAAUGGCGGCUAACAUGUACCGAGUGGGAGAUUAUGUUUACUUUGAGAACUCCUCCAGCAACCCUUACCUGAUCCGUAGAAUAGAAGAGCUCAACAAGACAGCCAAUGGGAACGUGGAGGCAAAGGUGGUGUGUUUGUUCAGGAGGCGGGACAUCUCAGGAAACCUCAACACCCUGGCUGACAGUAAUGCAAGAGAAUUUGAGGAGGAGUCUAAGCAGCCCACUCCGUCUGAACAACAGAAACACCAGCUCAAACACAGAGAACUCUUCCUGUCUCGACAGUUUGAAUCCCUACCUGCUACUCACAUACGGGGGAAAUGUAACGUCACCCUCCUCAAUGAAACCGACGUCUUGUCCGGCUACCUGGAGAAAGAGGACUGCUUCUUCUACUCGUUGGUGUUCGACCCCGUCCAGAAGACCUUACUGGCGGACCAGGGAGAGAUCCGGGUGGGCUCCAAGUACCAGGCAGAGAUCCCUGACAAGCUAGCUGAGGGUGAGUCAGACAACCGGAUCCAGGAGAAGAUGGAGACCAAAGUGUGGGACCCCAACAACCAGCUCAAAGACCCACAGAUAGACCAGUUCCUGGUGGUGGCAAGGGCUGUGGGAACCUUUGCUCGGGCCCUGGACUGCAGCAGCUCCAUCAGACAGCCCAGCCUCCACAUGAGUGCAGCUGCAGCCUCCAGAGACAUCACACUGUUCCAUGCUAUGGACACGUUGCAGAAGAACAGUUAUGACCUGGCCAAAGCCAUGUCCACGCUGGUUCCCCAGGGUGGCCCGGUGCUCUGCCGAGAUGAAAUGGAGGAGUGGAGCGCCUCGGAGGCCAUGCUGUUUGAAGAGGCUCUGGAGAAAUACGGCAAGGACUUCAACGACAUCCGUCAGGACUUUCUGCCUUGGAAGUCUCUUGCCAGUGUGGUCCAGUUCUACUACAUGUGGAAGACCACCGACCGCUACAUCCAACAGAAACGACUAAAGGCAGCAGAGGCAGACAGCAAGCUGAAGCAGGUCUACAUCCCCACCUACACCAAACCCAACCCCAACCAGAUUAUGGCGCCAGGGAGCAAGCCCGGUAUAAACGGGGCAGCAGGCUUCCAGAAAGGCCUUAGCUGUGAGAGCUGCCACACGGCCCAGUCUCCUCAGUGGUACGCCUGGGGCCCUCCCAACAUGCAGUGCAGACUCUGCGCUUCCUGCUGGAUCUACUGGAAGAAGUACGGAGGCCUGAAGACGCCCACUCAGCUAGAGGGCGCCGCAAGAGCUGGUUCUGAGUCAGGCCCACGCGGCCACAUGACCCGCCAGGAGGUCCAGGGCAUGUCGCCCUUCACCCGCAACGAGGGUCGCGCCAAGCUGCUGGCCAAGAACCGCCAGACGUUCAUCCUGCAGACCACCAAGCUGACCCGCAUUGCCCGGCGGGUGUGCGAGGACAUCCUGCAGCCUCACCGUGCCGCGCGGCGGCCUUACGCCUCCAUCAACGCCAAUGCUGUCAAAGCUGAGUGUAUAAUCAGGCUGCCCAAAGCCACAAAAACUCCUCUAAAGACUAAGCUGGUGCCUCGACCGUCUCUGGCCAACAUAGUGAAGGAUUUAGCCAUCUCAGCGCCUCUGAAAUUGAAGGCGUCUAGAGGACCCCCGACACCCAUCAACAGAAAUCAGGCCAGCCAGCCGCGCGUAGGCCAAAGCCUGCUGGGAAAGAGGGGCUUUGACAGCGCUACUGGCAUGCCCUACCCGGCCAAUGGGAGGCCGUACACUUCAGGUAUGAGGACCACCUCUCAGUCGGUCAUCAAGCGGCAGAAGGUCAGCCAGGGAGAGGCACCCAACCCUGUGGUGUUUGUGGCUACAAAGGACACCAGGGCUCUGAGGAAACAUCUGACACAGUCAGAGAUGCGCCGGGCAGCGAGGAAACCUCACCUCCUGGUCCGGAUCAAACUUCCACCGCCCCCCCGCUCACUGGCCAUGCCCCUGCUCCCCUCCAGCACCAGUGAGCCCAUCGUCCUGGAGGACUAAAGGGUGGAGGAACAUGGGGGGGGUUGGUCUUUUACCGGAACCUCUGGGUUGGAGUGGGAGGGGGCGGGCAGGGGGGGUCUGUGCUCAGGCCCUGACUUAACAGGCAGCACAGUACACCAAACCAGUAGUCUUUUAUUUCCCUAUUUUCUUUAGUCUUCUGUUACUUCCCAAACGUUGAUGUGACAUACAGAUAUACACGCACACACUUAGAUGACUGUACAAUUCCAUCGCAAACACACACACACACACACUCACACAUCGCUUUGGGCGUUGUAGUAUUUUUUCCAGAUCCUGAAUCAUUUUUUGCUCCCCUCUUUUGAUUUCGCCUGUUUUUAAAUGUGUAAUUUAAAUCGAAAUACGUCUCCUCCUAAAAACAACGGCGUUAAAGCACACUUGGUUUUUCUUCCCCCAUGACGUCUCUAACUUUGUGUAAAUAUAUGCACCGAUGAAUGAAGCUUGCAGUAUGUGAGUAGGAGAGGGAACUGGGGGGGGGGGUCUAAUUUGAAAAGAAAAUGUCAUUCCAGCAGGGACUAAUCUGACUGGCUUUUAAUCCUAGCUCCCUGGCCAUGCUUGUUUGUACUGGUGAAGUUAUUAAGGAGACACGCUGAGGAGACAUGUUGGGACAUGUUGAGCCGUCCUCAGCCCGUCUGGACAGUGUUUGUUGUCUGUAAUGGUCCACUUUCAGGGGUUAUUACAUGGCUCCAGUCCUUCCUACUUAACUGAUACUGAGUGAGCACAAAAUCGUGUGUGUGUGUGUGUGUGUGUGUGUGUGUGUGUGUGUGUGUGUGUGUGUGUGUGUGUGUGUGUGUGUGUGUGUGUGUGUGUGUGUGUGUGUGUGUGUGUGUGUGUGUGUGUGUGUGUGUGUGUGUGUGUGUGUGUGACAGCACGUGUCACUCGUACAAAAUCGCAAGUGCCAUCUUGUUAGGAAACGAGUGGUCCUAAUGAAUGAAUCUGCUGAUGAUCUUAAUGACUUCAUAAAAUAAUGCAGAUCACAACUGUUAAAGCUAAAAUGGGCUAUCUUCCAAUUGCUAUUUUUAAUCAAUUAAAACUCAAACCUAGAUACAAACAAAUAUUCAUCACACAUCUCGUCAAUCUUGAAUUAAUAAUAAUCACCCUUUUUUUUUUUUAAGAUGCAAUAACGAUUUGUAGUUUUUGCUGAACUGACUAUAAAGCUUCCUUAUCCUGACUUUGCUUCUUACAUUAGUUUUGUGCUCACUUAAUAUUUUCCUUAUUGAUUAACCCACUAUGCUGUCUCCACCAUCUUCAGUAGCCAUUUAGAAAAAAAUAAAUUAAAAAUAAGGGACAUGGCUCUGCUCCUCGGUCUCCUUUUUAGAGCCACUUUUACCCGGUUGGAGGAGAGCAGUCGGCUCCCGCUCUCCUGGCCCUUAGUCCAAUACAUGUGGACAUACUGCCGGGACACAAAGGGUCAUCGCUUACAACCUGUAGGACGCAUCAUUGGUAGUUCGAGGACAAUCCAGUGAGUGUGGUUACUGUGUGACUCGUCAUGAUGAGAGAACAUGUGUGGCUUUGAGGUAGCAUGUUCAAGGGCAGGAAAAAAAAGCCACGAUGUGCAAAAAUAAAGAACCCCUUUUAACUCUUUUGAAUUAAAGCCUCAGUAUUGCUCACACUGUUUGGUUGGUUGGAGGGAAACGGACGCAGUUAUGUUACAAAAAAGUUUUUAAAAUAAGGGCAAUAUGUAAAUGUAGGGAAGACAAUUGGGGCCAAAAAUGAAGUUCUGGAAUAACAUGGCAAAAGUUUGAUAUUAAAGUUGUGCUUUGUCUCCAAAUCUGGAUUCAUUUAGAACUUCUCGCAUGUCUGCAGAGCAGAAUGGACAGGUGUCAGCCGUUUUCAGCUGGUCUCCAUGUGCUUUUGCUUCCUUUGUCUAUUUUGGGUUCCAUAUUUGUACUGUUAUUAAAGGGUGAGUACUAAAAGCAAGUUGUUAAUUGGAUAACUAUAAUUCCUGUGAAUCCCCCCCAGCACCGAGGGCCUACACUGGUUUUAUAAGCAAGUUUGGUCCCAAUGUGGGCUUUGUAAUAUUUCUCCAAAAAAGAAAUUUGAAAUGUCGAGUUUGUAGCAAAUACUAAUCUGUGUAAAGACUAAAAGGAGAACUGGCAUAUUUUAAACUUUUUUACAUCCAAAGUGUGUAAUUCUGCUCCAUUAUUGUGGAGAUGACUCAACCAGGCUACUGUACAUGUGAAACAUUGUUCUCCUUCAUGGGGUGGGGUGGGGUGGGUGGUGUCAUUUGAACCAGGGGCCACAUUCAAAAGGAACAGGGUGAUAAUUUUUGUAUGAUGGAGACAAAACAUGCUACAAACUGAAACUUUUUCUCAAGUGUUUUUUAUUCCGACGUCUCUGUAUCCUUUAAUGUAUCUUGAUAAGAAAAGAAAUAAAGAUUUUUUUUUUCUUCGUGGUCAGU